UGACACUCUCCUGCUAUGGCAACUAAAUGGGGCAUUUGUUCAGCAGGGAAAAUCAGUAAUGACUUUGUGGUGGCUCUCAGUACUUUGCCGGCCGUCGACCACCAGGUAGUGGCAAUAGCAGCGCGGGAUCUGGAGAAAGCAAAGAACUUUGCCCAAAACCAUAAUAUCCCUAAGGCAUAUGGUUCCUAUGAGGAGCUUGCCAAAGAUCCAGACAUUGAUGUUAUCUAUGUUGGUGCCAUCCAUCCAGUCCAUCGAGAUGUGGUACUGAUGUGCCUACAGAAUGGCAAGAACAUAUUAUGUGAAAAGCCACUGGCUAUGAAUGCUGCUCAGGUCCAGGAACUUAUUGCAACUGCCAGGAAAUUCAACGUAUUCCUCAUGGAGGCAUUUUGGAGCCGUUUCUUCCCCGUAUAUGAAGAAAUUAGAGCUCUCCUGUCCCAGAAGGCUAUUGGAGAUGUGAAAUUUAUAAGGGCGGAGUUUGGCGUAGAAAUCUAUAAGGUCCCGCGAGCUGUUGAGAAAGAACUCGGUGGGGGGGCCCUUCUUGAUAUUGGCUGUUACUGUGUGCAGUUUGUAACAAUGGUGUUCAAUGGGGAGAGACCGGAGUCUGUGACAGCUAAGGGGUUUCUGCAUGAGACUGGAGUGGAUGAAUCAAUGAGCCUUAUCCUUCAGUAUUCAGGGAAACGCCAGGCCGUCCUUUCCUCAACCAUCAUGGCUACACUGCCGAACCAAGCUGCUAUCUGCGGUACCAAAGGCAUUAUCCAGAUCCCUUCAGACAUGUGGAGCCCCACUUCAAUCAUUGUUAAUGGGAAAGAAAGGAAAUUCGACAUUCCACAUACAACAAAGCCGAUGAAUUUUUCCAAUGGAACGGGGAUGAGUUAUGAAGCAGAGCACGUGCGCCAGUGUCUGUUAAAAGGGUUAAAGGAAAGUCCAAUAAUGAGCUUAGCAGAUAGUGAAAUGGUAGCCAGCAUCAUGGAUGAAGCUCUCCAGCAACUCGGUGUUACGUAUCCAUAAAAAACAACAAGACAUUGGGCAAGAUAAUGGUUUUUACUCUUUUGGCAGACUAGAAUUAAUUGUGGUAAAUGAAGUACAAAGUUACUUUGGAAGAAUCAUCUCAGAAUAAAAUGAGAUUGUACA